AUGCGUAUCGCGGCGUUGUCUGUUCCCCAGCACCCGUCGUCUCCAGUACUCAUUACCAUCCAAUUACGCCCGAACAAAGGAACUGAAUGGAGCUCCCUAUGCGAGCUUAUUGAAGGUCGCUGCCCCAGUCUAUUUGACAACUUCAAAGUACGGGGGCUAAACAGGCACGUUCCCGAAGGCGUGCCCGCGGCGCAGGAUGCUCCGAUAAUAGUGGUAUUAACGGGAUUCACGGGAGAUAUGUGUCCACGGGAUGGGAUACUUUCGCCCGCGUGUGCACCCAUCGACCGAGGUGGACUUGGUUAUCGAGCCGUGGUAGUCAAUUUCCGAGGAUUGCUAACGUAG